GCCAGAAUGGUAACCCUUAACAACAACAACAACAACAACACAGUCGAUAUUUCAGUCACUUGUUGAGAUUUUCUUCCAUUUUAGUGUUUCCUUCAUCAUAGAUCAAGAAAAAAAGUUGCGAUCAGUACUUACCAAGAUAUAGAGGAGUGAAGUUGAUGGAAAGUGAGCCGCUUACGACAACAUCGGCAACUGCCGCUCACUCGACGUAUUUUGUGGAUCAAACUACCGUGCUGUAUCUUCUCAGACACGUUAUCUCCAGUACAAAAUGAAGCAGCAGUGUUAAAGUGUCUUGGACAACACCUGAUAUUAUAGAAGUAAUUUGUGAAACACUCUACCAGGCUGUAUCUUUCCUGAGGCUUUACUGCCAAUACUUCAGAAAUUACCUGCUGUAUCUUCCCUAAUGCUAUUCUUCCAAUACUUCAGAAAUUACCUGUGCAAGUGUCUUGGACAACACCUGAUAUCUCAGUGAAUUUUAACUUGUUAUGUUUGAGUCUAUUGUAAAGUGCAUAGCAGUUCGUUGAAAAAUAGAAAUUAAUUAUAGUUCAUAAAUUUAUGGAAAGUCUGACACAGGAAAACAGGAGAGAAAAAAGACCAUAAUAAUGUUGAGCAUGUAUGAAAUGCUUUAGAAUAUAAGGUUACCCUUUAAAGCACACUAGAGUAUAAUCAAAAGAUAAACCUUAUCAUUGUUCAUAAUCUUUUUACGCAAGAUUAUCUACAGGAGAGAAACUGUGCUCAGUCUCUGAAACAUGUUAACAAAAUGGAAUAUUUUGAAACAAUAAAUAACAGUGAUAAACUAUAUUGUAUAUUGCAGAAACUAUAAUAUUUUAGAGUGAAAAGUAGUCUUAAAAAUAUGAAAGUAUAUAUGUGAGAUAAACUUUAUGGGUGUGUAGAAUGUAUAAACUACCAUAGUGAAAUGGCAACCUUUCAAAUCAUGCAGAUAUAUGCAGGAGAUAAACCAUAUCAGUGUUCACAGUGUUUGAAGUAUUUUAAGCGAAAAGAUCACCUUCUGAAACAUGUACGAAUACAUACAGGCAUUAAACCAUAUCAGUGUUCAGAGUGUCUGAAAUAUUUUACAGAGAAAGGCAAUUUAGUGAAACAUUCACGAUUACAUACAGGAGCCAAACCGUAUCGAUGCUCAGUGUGUCUGAAAUAUUGUAAUCAAAAAGGCGACCUUGUGAGGCAUAUGCUAUUACAUACAGGUUAUAAACCGUAUCACUGUUCAGAGUGCUUGAAAUAUUUCAGCCAAAAAAGUCAUCUUAAGAGGCAUAUGAGAGUGCAUACAGGAGAUAAACCAUAUCAGUGUUCAGAAUGUCUGAAACAUUUUACAGAGAAAAGCAGUCUUGUGAUUCAUAUGCGAGUACACACAGGAGAUAAACCAUAUCAGUGUCCCGAGUGUCUGAAAUACUUUAGAGAAAAAGGCAAUCUUUUGAAGCAUAUGCGAGUACAUAAAGGAGAUAAGCCAUAUCAAUGCUCUGAGUGUCUGAAAAAAUUUUGGGAAAAAAACAGUCUUGUGAUCCAUGUGAGAGGACAUACAGGAGAUAAACCAUAUCAGUGUUCAGAGUGUCUGAAACACUUUUGUACUAAAGGCAGUCUUGUGAGCCAUAUGCGAGUACAUACAGGAGAUAAACCAUUUAACUGUUCAGAGUGCCAGAAAAAUUUUAGUACAAAAGGCACUCUUGUGACCCAUAUGCGUGUACAUUUAGGAGAUAAACCAUAUCAGUGUUCAGAGUGUUUAAAAUAUUUUCGGGUAAAAGGCAGUCUUGUGAGGCAUAUGCGAGUGCAUACAGGAGAUAAACCAUACCAGUGUUCACAGUGUCUGAAAUAUUUUAGAGAAAAAAGUAGUCUUGUAAACCAUAUGCGAGUACACACAGGUGAAAAGCCAUAUGAAUGUUCCGAGUGUCUGAAAUAUUUCAGUAAAAAAGCCAAUGUUGUGAAGCACAUGCGAGUACAUACAGGAGAUAAACCUUAUAAAUGUUCAGAGUGUCUGAAAUAUUUUAGGGUAAAAAGCAGUCUUGUGCGGCACAUGAGAGUACAUACUGGAGAUAAACCAUAUCAGUGUUCAGAGUGUUUAAAAUAUUUUAGGGUAAAAAGUAGUCUUGUUAACCAUAUGAGAGUACACACAGGAGAAAAGCCAUAUCAGUGUUCAGAAUGUUUGAAAUAUUUUAGGGAAAAAAGCAGUCUCGUUAAGCAUAUGAGGGUACAUACAGGAGGUAAAUCAUAUCAAUGUCCCGAGUGUCCGAAAUAUUUUAAAGAUAAAGGGAUGCUUUUGAAUCAUAUGGAAACACAUGCAGAAGCUAAACUGUAAAAUUUUAUUGAGAGAAUUCUGUACUUAGAGUAAACUCUCAACAAAACGGACUAAAAAUCUGGCACAACAGUGCUCGCCAAGUCCGCUCAGUGGGGUGUCCAGUCAAAUUAGCAGUGCUGCUGCUGCAUCAAAUGACAGUUUGGUCGGGUUAUACCACUGAUAAAGUGGAUGAAGUCCACGUCAUCACAAAUUUGUCCAAUCCAGGCUUCAUCCAGGACCUGUUCAUAUUUGUUGCCCCAGUGCAAGAGAAGUUACUGGCCUGCCCCAUGUUAGUUUGUUUUAGCAUUUGUGAGUGCUCGUUCAUUAUCUUGGAAAGAAAAGCCAAUAUUGAAUGAAAAAAUAUGUCUAUAUUUGUUAAUAGUUAAAAACAGAAGAGGGGAGUUAGAGGUAUUGAGUAGAUGGCAAGAAUAUUUUGAAGAGCUGUUAAAUGUUGAUGAAGAAAGGGAGGCAGUGAUUUCAUGCAUUGGCCAGGGAGAUAUAUAACAUCCUAUAGGAGUAAGGAAUAGCCAGAUGUGAGAGUGGUGGAGGUGUGUGAGGCAGUGGGUAAAAUGAAAAGAGUACAACAGCUAGGGAUUGAUGAGAUCAAGACAGAAAUGUUAAAAGCAGGUUUAUA